UCACUGCCUGGCCGGCUCCAACACGCCAUGCUUCAUCAGCGCUGAGAGGAUCAGCCGCACAUGCCACUGGAAGACGCGCACACGAAGGCCAUCUGGCUGGGACAGCAUCAGACUCUCAAGGAAUCGCUGCUCACGGAUGUCCCGCACACCGCCGCUGCACAGCCGGAUUAACCUCACCACCCCAACACCAGACACACGCUCCUGCACACACCGCAACGAAAUCAGGUCUACACGGACGCGUGUGUGUAUGUGUGUGUACCAUUGUGCUCACCUCUUUGAGGCUAGUGGCCAGCGGAUGUAGCUUGGGGUCCUCGCUGAGGGCCUCGUACAGCAUGUCUGGUGAUUGCAGCUCAAUCAGCUCCCUGCACUCUUCAUCUUCGCGGUAAGAGGCCAGAAGAGGGUCGCCCGUCACUCCUCGGAUGGCAGCACACAAAUCUAUCACAUGGCCAAUGCGCAGCUGCUGGGUGGAGAUAAGGUCGUUGAGUCGAGAGAGCGCUUGGCUGCCGUCCUGAAGCAUCUCAAGCAACUGACCAGCAGACACCUCGCCCUGAUAGAGAGGGAGACGGACAUAAUCAAUCACAAGUGUCGACGUGUAUGUGUGUCGACUGACCUUGUGCAGCCUAAGUGCGACUUUCUCCAGGCCGUGCACCUUCCUCACGGCCUCGACAAUGUCAUGGUCAGCCAAGCCGCUCCCACCCCACAGCCCCCGCGCCCCCUCCCUCCCACGCCUC